AUGUCGCUCGGCAGCUCGUCAUCCGCGCAGAGGGUUGGGCGCCUGAGAUUGGGCAUGCGCACUGGGCUGCCCCUUGUGCCGUGCCCUAAAUGCGGCGAGGAGAUCCUCGAGCUCACUUCGGGUCCAGGAUCUAAGGUCCCGGGGGCCAUCUUCUUCAAGUGCCGGCUCCAUGAGAGAGAUGCAAAUGCCGACCUCUUCAAUUGUUCCCUCCCUGUUCAACAGCGAUGA